ACAUUUGAAAAAAUGAAUAAAAUUAUUUUUGUUUCAUACCAAGAAAUGGAUGAAAAGAGGCUGCUGGAUCCAGGGUUGAAAGUUCGUAAAGGCCUCUGGGAUUAUACUCUGAAGAACCAGCAGAUGGAAUGCCUGAGUGACUGAAGAAAAUGGGUGCUAAUGCAUCUAACUAUCCUCAUUCAUGUUCCCCGAGGGUAGGGGGAAAUUCUCAAGCCCAACAGACUUUUAUAGGGACAUCAUCCUAUUCUCAGCAAGGCUUUGGUUGUGAAUCAAAAUUAUAUAGCCUUGACCAUGGCCAUGAGAAACCACAAGACAAAAAAAAGAGAACCUCUGGCCUUGCCACCCUCAAAAAGAAGUUUAUUAAGCGUCGAAAAUCUAAUAGGUCUGCCGAUCACGCCAAGCAGAUGCGAGAACUCCUCUCUGGGUGGGAUGUUAGAGAUGUUAAUGCUUUAGUGGAGGAAUAUGAGGGAACUUCAGCCUUAAAGGAGCUUUCUCUACAAGCCAGUUUGGCUAGACCAGAAGCUCGGACAUUGCAGAAAGAUAUGGCCGAUCUUUAUGAGUACAAGUAUUGUACCGAUGUAGACUUAAUAUUUCAAGAAACUUGUUUUCCUGUUCAUCGGGCCAUUUUGGCAGCAAGGUGUCCGUUCUUUAAAACACUGCUUUCUUCCUCACCGGAGUAUGGGGCAGAGAUUGUUAUGGACAUCAGUACAGCUGGUAUAGACAUGCCCAUGUUUUCUGCUUUGCUACACUACCUUUAUACAGGAGAGUUUGGAAUGGAGGACUCAAGGUUUCAAAAUGUUGAUAUCCUCGUUCAGCUUAGUGAAGAAUUUGGAACACCGAAUUCCCUUGAUGUAGAUAUGCGUGGACUUUUUGAUUACAUGUGUUAUUAUGAUGUCGUCCUUAGUUUUUCUUCAGACUCUGAACUGGUUGAAGCUUUUGGUGGAAAUCAGAACUGUUUAGAUGAAGAGCUCAAAGCUCACAAGGCUAUUAUUUCAGCACGGUCCCCAUUUUUUCGGAAUUUAUUACAAAGGAGGAUACGGACUGGUGAAGAAAUCACAGACCGAACUUUGAGGACUCCCACAAGAAUUAUAUUAGAUGAGUCCAUUAUACCAAAAAAAUAUGCGAAAGUUAUAUUACACUGUAUGUAUACUGAUGCAGUGGACCUCUCUGUUUUGCACUGUAGCCCCUCGGUGGGGAGUCUCAGUGAAGUUCAGGCUCUCGUCGCAGGGAAGCCAAGCAUGACCAGGGCAGAAGAAGCCAUGGAACUUUACCACAUAGCACUGUUCUUGGAAUUUAACAUGCUUGCACAAGGCUGUGAGGAUAUCAUUGCUGAGAGCAUUUCAUUAGAUACCUUAAUUGCCAUCCUCAAGUGGAGCUCUCAUCCAUAUGGCUCUAAGUGGGUGCACCGACAAGCUUUACAUUUCCUCUGUGAGGAAUUUUCCCAGGUCAUGACUUCGGAUGUUUUUUAUGAACUCAGCAAAGACCAUCUGCUCACUGCUAUCCAGUCUGACUACCUACAGGCAAGUGAACAAGAUAUCCUUAAAUAUCUGAUUAAAUGGGGUGAGCAUCAGUUGAUGAAAAGAAUAGCUGACAGAGAGCCAAACUUACUGAGUGGCACUGCCCAUAGUGUGAACAGAAGAGGCGUAAAAAGGCGAGACCUAGACAUUGAAGAGCUUAGAGAGAUCCUUUCUUCUCUCCUACCGUUUGUGCGAAUUGAACACAUCUUACCUAUAAACAGUGAAGUCCUAAGUGAUGCUAUGAAAAGAGGCUUGAUUAGUACUCCUCCAUCAGAUAUGCUUCCUACAACAGAAGGUGGAAAAUCAAAUGCCUGGUUACGGCAAAAAAAUGCUGGAAUAUAUGUUCGUCCUCGACUAUUCUCUCCCUAUGUGGAGGAAGCGAAGUCAGUGCUGGAUGAGAUGAUGGUGGAGCAAACAGAUCUUGUGCGUUUGCGAAUGGUUAGAAUGUCCAACGUGCCAGACACCCUUUACAUGGUCAACACCGCCGUGCCACAGUGCUGUCACAUGAUGAGCCACCAGCAGAUCAGCAGUCACCAGUCAAGCCCUCCUUCAGUCGUAGCCAAUGAAAUUCCAGUUCCUCGUCUCCUCAUUAUGAAAGACAUGGUCAGACGUCUGCAGGAACUCCGGCACACUGAGCAGGUGCAGAGAGCCUACGCACUCAACUGUGGGGAAGGCGCCACAGUCAGCUACGAAAUUCAAAUUCGAGUGUUAAGAGAGUUUGGUCUCGCAGACGCUGCUGCAGAGCUCUUGCAGAAUCCUCACAAGUUCUUUCCGGAUGAACGUUUUGGGGAUGAAAGUCCACUCUUGACAAUGAGACAGUCCGGGAGAUGUCGUGUUAACAGUACCCCCACUGCAGAAACCAUGUUUACAGAUCUGGACUCUUUUGUGGCCUUCCAUCCACCCUUGCCCCCCCCACCACCUCCAUACCACCCCCCAGCUACCCCAAUCCAUAACCAGCUCAAAGCAGGCUGGAAACAAAGACCUCCCAGCCAGCACCCUUCACGUUCGUUCUCCUAUCCCUGUAAUCAUUCGCUGUUUCACUCCAGAACGGCCCCUAAAGCCGGCCCCCCUCCAGUCUACUUGCCAGGUGUCAGAGCUGCAGCACCUGAUUGCACCAACACCACAGGACCGGGGAGACAGACUGUGGCCGCCGCCGCCGCCGCCCCCCCUUCGGCAGCAGUAGCAUGUGAGAAACCAGUGUGUACACAACCUGUGCUAAAUGAUCUAAUGCCAGACAUCGCCAUGGGUGUUUCCACACUGUCACUUAAGGACAGGAGGCUUCCAGAACUGGCUGUAGACACAGAGCUAAGCCAGUCCGUUUCUGAAGUAGGACCAGGGCCUCCCCAGCAUCUGUCAUGUAUUCCACAGAGGCAUACGCACACAUCUCGAAAGAAACACACACUAGAGCAAAAAGCAGAUGCUCGAGAAAAUCAGCAGGAAUAUCCGGAUUUCUAUGACUUCUCAAAUGCUGCUUGCAGACCUUCUACGCCUGCUCCUGGCCGACGCACCCCUUCCCCUUCGCAAGGUGGAUAUUUUGGUCCUGAUUUAUAUAGCCACAAUAAGGCAUCACCAAGUGGCUUAAAGUCAGCCUACCUACCUAGCCAGACCUCUCCGAAAAAGCAGGAAGAAGCUAGGAGAGAAUAUCCACUUUCCCCUGACGGGCAUCUUCACAGACAAAAGAAUGAGCCAAUCCACCUUGAUGUUGUUGAGCAGCCACCCCAGCGGUCAGACUUUCCUUUGGCAGCCCCAGAAAAUGUUGGCAGUGGUCCAGCCCACGUCAGGGGACGAACAGCAGUAGAAACUGACUUGACUUUUGGGCUGACUCCCAACAGACCCCCACAUCCUGCAUGCAGCUCUGAAGUUCCGGAAGAGCGAUCCAAUAGGAGACUGGUGGACAGCGAGUCCCUGGGCCACGGAGCUCAGCGAAAUACCGAUUUAGAAAGGGAAGAUUCAAUAAGCAGGGGAAGGAGGUCACCAAGCAAGCCAGACUUCCUCUACAAAAAGUCUGCCCUCUGAGAGCAACCUCCAAGUCGUCUGUGCCUGAGAUGUGAAACAUCCCAUUUUAUGAUGUAACCCGACAACUUAAAGACCAGUUUAUCGAUGCCAGCUAACUCAGUUUCACGUUAUUUUAUUCUAGUUUUUGUAUAUACAUGUUUAUGAGACGUGGCAUGCUACGAGGGUUCUUUUGAAUGCUGCAUCUGUCUGUUUUGUGUUUGAACGGUUGUGUGGGGAAGCAUUUUUAAGAGCAAGCAAGCUGGCACUUUUUUUUUCCUCUUUACAAAUGAUGGAAUUUUUUUGCACUUGUACAUUUAUUUUAUCUGUAUUGAUUUUUUAUCAGUAUGUCAAACUUUAUUGCCACAUUUAAAGGAACCGUAUUUUCAUACUUUUUUGCAUUUUACCUUUCAUCUACCAGUUUCCACGUGCAUUGGACUGCACACUAAGAUGUAUUUUCUUAUGAAAUAGUUCUGUGCUUAUUUUUUAAUUAUAGAAAUUCCAAAGAACAGCACAUCAAAAUGCUCCUCUCUCUUUGGUAAUUGUUUUAGUUCAGAAAUCUUCCUGCUCGAUCUCCAUUAAGUCUAAUAUCAUUCUUCCUUAACAAGUCUUGGGAGCUAGUCUUCAUUUCUCCAGCGGGAGUCCAGUCAGGAUCCUGACGUUUUCUGGUUCGGUAAAGAACCGAAAGGAGCAAAGCCUUUUGUGCCCGGGCUGAAGCUGUAGCGUUGUUCACCGUGUGGGCGCCGUCAGAAUCCCCGCUGAUGCUGGUCGUGCGCAUUAGCCUAGCGCUAGAUGAGGUUCUCAAGACCUUGGAUUUCUUGGAAUCCUAAGGCAGCGGAAAUAGCGAAGUAACUUAAGGGUUGCCCGACGGGAUUUCUGGUUCUGAGCGCCGACUCUCCAGCUGAGACGGGAAAUGACUGCUGCCGCCUUCAGUUUUCUUGCUCUCUGUGGGAAAAAAAAACAAAAGGGCUUCAGUCUUACGGAUGUCAUUUGGUGUUUGUAAGCCUAUGUUUUCUUUUAAAUGUUUUUCAAAGUUUGUCUGAAUUUUGGUGUCCUAAAAAAGUUGUUGAAGGAUGCAUAAUGCUUUGUCACCAAAAAAGAAAAAGAAACCUUUUUUUUUUUUUUUCCAGUGAAACACUACAUGUCCUACUUGAACUCCACUGGGGACGCUGGUUUGGGAUUUUACUGAACCACUGAGCACAUGGGAUCUUUUAAGAUCCUCUCCCUUUGAAGGGCAAUGUGUGAGCUAAGGACUGUUUUUUUUCUUACUCUCCAAUGUAAAUAUAUUAGUAUUUGAGUUUUUAAAUCACUUCAACAUUAUUUGAGCAUUCACUUUGUAUUUUUAUGAACACAUACACGUACACAGCCGUAGCACUUAGAAGAAAGGGACUUGCCGAACAUUCCCUCAUGGGAAGGAUGUCUGGGAGCCUCUUUUCUACGUAUGUAUAUAUAUAUAAAACUAUGAAUCACUCACACUCACUCUAAAACUAUGCAGGGCUAGGGAGCCUUUACAAGCUACCAUAUAAAUGAAUUACAUGCACUUUUAAGUAAAUAGGUUUCUAUUGGGCGUCAACAACUCUGAUUUCUCCCGAAGCUGUAGUUUCUCUUAACAGUCUUUCCUACUUUACCCUGUGGAUAUACACUCAGGAAUAAUCUGACAUUUUAAAAAAUCCUAACAGUAGGUAGUCUCGAAGACGGGGAGCAUGUCAGUCUAUCUGCAUUCACCGGCACAGCGCUGCCCCGCGUUCUGCCUGCCUCGUUAGCUACUACUCGCGUGGUCGUCGAUGCUGGUGGUGGUGCGUGCUCAGCCUCGCGCCUCCCGGAGCGCACGCUCGUCCCCUGGGAGGUUGGCUAGCAUCGCCUUGGAGGCUCCUUGUUUUAAAGAUCAAAAAACAUAGGACUCUAUGCUCAUUUUUAGGAGGUUUGACUCUAUAAUAGAUGAUGGUGUCUUUUGAAGCCUAUUUCAGUCUGUCUCUCUUCAGAAACAAAAUUGUUAAUUCCAUCAUAUUCCUUAAUGUGUAUUUAUAUACAUGUAUCGACAUGAAUUAUUUUGAUAUAGUUUUAAAUUUCUAUUCUGAAUUCAGACUGUACUGUGCUGGUACUGCAAAGAAGAGUGAGUAGAGCUAAUUUGGGUGGGGAAGAGCUUUCUCAUCUCUGACCUGUAUUUUUUAAAAUGUUAGACAAGAGCUGUUUGAUGUCACACCUUUCAUUUUCCUGAAAACUUAUUAAAUAUUCUUUCAUAUCCCCCAAACAUAAAAAUAAGCGGCCACUGUUCCUACUUUAAUUUAUGAAGUUUGCUUUUAAUAAUUUAGUAGCUGAUCUGACUAAACUGUAUAUAGAGAGGGACUUGCUUUAAUCAGUGGGACUGUGGACUGGUGGGACUUGCAGAAGGUAAGCAGGUGCAGCUUGUGUAUGCUAGGGCAGGCGUCUGUGGACUUCUGAUGUAUCUUGCGAAGGAUGGUGACUAAGGUAGGUUGGAUAGCUGUGUGCCUCUGGCUCUUGAGCCCACCUCUCCAAUCUUCUGCAACGCUUACUUGGCAUUAAAAUUGGCAUUAAAAUUCUGUUAAUGCUGUACUAAAAUAAAUGUGAAGUCUGAGUUAAGAUUGCUCUUAGGGAAAAAAAAGUAUGUAUAAUAUAAACUUUAGGCCGCAGGACCUGGCAUUUCACUUGGUUUAGAAAUUUCAUGAGAACCAAAUCUCAAAAUACCAGAUCUCCUCUCGAGGCCAUGGACAAUCAGGCCGUCAGACAAUCGCCACUUUCAGUGCCCGCCAUAUUGCAGUUUAGAGAACUACCAUUUAGCUCCUCAAGCGGGAAGAGAAGAACCAUGUUUCUUCAAGAUGCUGU